AUGGCCAAAAAGGACGUCGCCGCCAAGCCUACGUCAUCUUCGGGUGGCAAAGCUAAGAAGAAGAAAUGGUCCAAGGGAAAGGUCAAGGACAAGGCUAACAACGCCGUCAUUCUCGACAAGGCUACCUACGACAAGCUUAUGAAGGAGGUUCCCACCUACAAAUUGGUUUCACCCUCCGUCUUGGUUGACCGUCUCCGCAUCAACGGCUCCCUUGCUCGUGCCGCCAUCCGCGAGUUGGUCAAGCUCGGUGUCAUUGUCCCAGUCUCGACCCACGGUGCCCAGUGGAUCUACACCCGUGCCACCGGUGUUGAGGAGGAGAAGAAGGCCCCCAAGAAGGAGGCCGCUGAUGAGGAAUAAA